UGCGCCGGUACUCGCCGUGCAGUCGGCCUGUCGGUGUCCGCCGCGCCGGGUGCGCGCACGCAGCCUCCUACCCUCCACACCAAAGCCCGACGGGUGAACGACUCCCCGAAAACUAUGCGCAUGAGUCGCCUCACCGCCGCCGUAUUGUAUCCUCUGGUCGCGCCCUCCGCGUCGGUCCCGUUACGCGGAAGUAUCAGAACUGGCGGAGCUUCGCGUGCACAACGUUUCUGCUCCGUCGGACGUUUCCUAUAAUUGUAAAACUAGGGGUUGUGCGCUAGUAAACCGCGUCGCUGUUACCAUGACGGCGAGCGUUGUCUCGACAGCAUCCACAGCGGGUGCGGUUGCUCGGGCCCGGCGGCCGACGAGUCCGCCAUGAAAGGCGUCGAAGCAACGCCCGAGGAGCAAGAACGGCUAGCCACCGGAAACAACAAUGGAUCCCUCGACACAAAACUGCCGCCGGAGGCGCAGAGAGCGCUGCCGCGGUCGGCCUUCUACUCGACAAGGGUGUUCAUGCUGGUGUUCCUGUCCGGCUGGGUGCUGCAGGGCAUGUUCCUCACAUACUUCGUGAGCGUGACGACGACACUCGAGAAACUAUACAAAGUGGAAUCGAAGACUACGGGGACGCUGUUAGCGGCAACCGAGAUCGGCCAGAUAUGCACGGCGUUGUUCCUGACGUACCUGGCGGGGCGCGGGCACCGGCCGCGAUGGAUCGCGUGCAUGAUGUUGGUGCUGGCGGUGGGCGUGAUCGGGUGCGUGUUGCCGCACCUGCUGUACGGCACCGAGCUGCUCAACGUGCACAUGGUGGGGCACACGUCGGGUGCCGCGCCCGUCUGCAACCUCUACAACAACAUGACGUUCUGCGACCGCGCGCAGCAGAUCAACACGGAGACGCGCUCUUCCAUCACGGCGGUGGUGAUCCCGUGGCUGUUCGUGUGCCUGCUGGUGGUGGGCGUGGGCCAGACUGGUAUCGCUACGCUCGGCAUACCGUACGUCGACGACAACGUUGGCAGCAGACAGUCGCCGCUCUAUAUGGGUGAGUGAUAUUUUAACGUUUUCAAGU